UCAUGUUGUCAUCAAUUCCAUUUCUUGUGGUAACAUUCAUUGUUUAUGGAUACUUUUCUGAAAUAAGAAAUCUUCAUGGUAAAUGCCUAAUGUCUUAUGUAUUCUCAUUUGCCAUUCUUUACGCAACAUCAUCUAUAAUUGAGCUCAAUAAUAAAGAUUUAUUAGAACAACACACCGAAAUAUGCACAGUACUUGGAUAUAUGUGGAUGACAGCUAUAUUAUGCUGUUGUUUUUGGUCAAAUGUGAUGUGUUAUGAUAUUUGGGUGACAUUUAAGUCGAAAGUGAAGAUUGAUAGCAACAUGAUAUUCAUCCGAUACUGUCUUUAUGCUUUUGGAAUUCCAGUAAUUAUUGAAACCAUAUUUUUCAUAUUGAAUCAUUUUGAACUUGUUCCUGAAAAAUAUAAUAACAAAAUUGGUGUAAACUCAUGUAAAAUUUUUACAAGCCAAGCUAAAGAGCUUAAGGCUAUUUAUAUGUUCGGACCAUUAGCAUUUUGCUUGAUUAUCAACAUCGUUAUUUAUACACUUACUUGCGUAAAGAUCUACAAGCAUAACAAAGUUACUGUUGCAUGCCACAGACGAACAUCCAACAGAGUGUUUUCCAAGAACAACAUAAAUUUUAAUGAUUCAUCACUUUAUCUGCGACUAGCUAUUGUUAUGGGAAUACAUUGGAUAAUUGAAGUCAGUUCCAAUCUGAUUGGAGAUCCCAGACUAUACUUUGUUGCUUUUGUGUUCUUCAACAUGCAAGGUCCUAUAAUAUUUGUGACUUUUGUUUGCAAUUCCAAAUUUAAAUACUUCUUAAUGAAAAGAUUUAAUAAGAACAAUAAAUUUGCAUCACGAGACGACAUUAGAGAUGAUGAUGCAGAUGAUGCAAAUGCGCAAAUAUUUGCGUAUUUGGGGUUUUUGUGAACUACUUGGAAUAUUCAAAAUAUUUCUAGAAAAAGUAAUGACUCAAAUAAUUGACAUCUCUGGACAACAUCACAGAUAUAAAAAUAGACAAUAAAUGAACAAUAAAUAAUUUUUUUGGCAAAAAUAAUGUUAGUAAUGCAAAAUGAAUAAUUGCAUGAUAAAAUAA